AUUAUGUUUUUCUUUGUAGAUUUAGGUUUCAUUAUUUAUUUCAUGAUAGAGUAGUUUUUAUGUCUAGGGUUUGGGAAUCCAUGUUUAUAUGAUAUGAUUAUUGAUUGAUAUUUAUUUAUGGUUUGAUUAGUUAUUGAUUUCUCUAAUUGAUUAGUGUUUAUAUUAUUAAUCUUGCAAUCUGAUCAAUUGUCUGAUUAAAUAUUGCUAAUAUCGAGUCAUAGAUCGAGAGAUAGUACUCUUUAGAGGCUUACCUACAAUUAGCAAAUCUGAUUAUGUUGAGCGAUCGUACUAGCAUAUGUUGAUUUGAGAGUGUUAAUACCUGACCAAGGAUUAAUCUGUGCUCUAGAUAUCUGAUUGAUUGAAACAUUGAUGAUAUUUUGAUAGAUUAUAGUUAUAAACAUGGUGAACCAUUACCCUAGAUCCUGUUUAGUUUGAUUUUCGUUAGUUUAGAACUUUAUUUCAGAUAUUUGUGAUCUUGUUUAGCUUCUCUAUACCUUAUAAACUAGAUUAAAACGACCAUCUCUAUGUGGCUUCGACCCUACUUACCCUACUACAUUGUUAGAAGGUUUUGCAGGAAUUAUUUUUGACGGGUGUACGACAACCUAUCACCCUCUCUCGCCGUAUCUCUUUCUUUUUUGUAUGGAUAUCUUAUCAAGGAUGGCAACUUUGGCUACAGAUAUUAAACUUCUCCAAGGUAUCAUGAUUAGGAGAGGAGGGCCUAUGAUAUCACACAUAUUCUUGCAUAUGAUGCAAUGUUCUUCUUCAAAGUCAAUACAACAUCCUGUGCAGCUGUAAAUAACAUUGUUUCAAGAUUCUGCAAUAUUUCUGGUCUGAUGUUAAAUUUUCAUAAAUCAUUUGUUAAUUUCAGCCCGAACACCUCUAUCGAAUGUCAACAAGAAUAUAAGACACUUUUUUGUAUGGACUCUCAAAGCAAUUUGGGCACAAUCUUGGGGUUCCGAUUGAUAUUCAGGAUCAAAAGGUCAAGCAUUUCACUUUCUCCUCGAUUGCGUUUCUACUCAAAUCACUUCUUAGAGCCAAAGGCCUUUAUCUCAAUCAGGCAAUCUCAUUCUCAUUAAUUCAAUUUUAAUUGCAUCUUUGAAUCAUGUUUUGUCCAGUUUUUAGAUUCCAACAACCAUUACAAACAAGUUAGAUGCCAUGAUAGCAAUAUAUCUUUGGGCUAAUCCUCCUCAAAAAGGUAUCCCUUGGAAGAGUAAAUCAGUUCUUCAUCUCCCAAAAGGUAUGGGUGGAUUAGGAAUUCGGGGUAUUGAAUUAUUCAACUGGGCCAUUAUGAUGAGGAAAGUUAGCAAGAUUUCACAAUAACCCAUAAUUACUGCUGGCUAAAGUCUUCACUGAUCUAAAACUUCCAUCCCCUCGAAUUAAGUAUGAUCAUAGCACAAUGUCUUACGCUAAACGGGGGCUUUUGGCGGCAAAAAGGUUGUUUCUAACCAAUUGUGCCAGAAAAGUGGAGAAUGCUAAGAAUACAUUAUCGGGUAUAGGAAAAUGGGCUAAUGGUAUGACUCCGAUAUUCCGCGAUAAUAUACCAAUCAAAAUCGCUUCAGCUACAGUAUUGUCCGACCUAAUUCUACCUGGCCAACGCUGGAAUAUAAGUAUAAUCCAUCACCUAUUCACUCUGGAGAGCGUAAGAAACAUCAAAAGUCUAGAACUUCCUAUCGAUCUGGCUAUAAAUGACACCUCUUACUGGCUUUCUACCCCUUCUAGAUACUACUCGACCAAAUCAAGUUAUAGUUAUUUAGUUUUUCUAUAUCAACAAGAAAUCUACAAUAUGAAAACACCAAGGUAUACGAAAUUCUUUCUUAUCAUUUGGGGUUCGAAUAUCAUGCUAAAAUGGGAAAUAUUUCUGUGAAAAUUGUGGCACAAUAGCUUAGCUACCACACACAAUUUGGUACGAAGAAAUAUUAUCUCUUCUGUCUCCUGCCCGAUGUGUGGCGAUGAGGAGGAUCUACAACACUUGUUCCACAAUUGUGCUCUUGCUUCUCGCACUUGGGCGGCUAGUGAUUUAGGAAUUAAUUCCCAAGUUAAUGGCCACAUAUGCUUCAAAGAUUGGAUUACUAAUUGGCUCCUUUAUUUUCAAAAGAAGACGGGCCUGGUGGUAUGUGUUUUAAUGUGUUUAUUGCGAUUCCGUGGAGUAUUUGGGGUGGCCGAAACGCAAAAAAUCUCAGACAGCAGCAGAUUGAUAUCACGCACACCAAGAGUCGUUACAUUGACAACUUACAAGAGCACAAUAUUUUUCUGGCAAGGACUACUAAAGAGUUGCCGAGGCAGUUGACACAGGAGGAACCACUGGGGUUCUUAGUGGCCAACAUUGGUAAAUGUCUUCACGCCAACCCAGACAUAUUUAUCCACAUAGAUGAGGGUUGGGAUAGGAAAUCAAAGUUGGGAUGUGUGGCUUGGGUAGCUAUGUCUCCACUCUCAAUCAAUGGACGAGGACAAGCUUUCGUUGAUAUGCUACUACAUCGCUUUAACCUGAAGCAAGAGCUUGCCUAAAUGCGCUCCAAUGGGCACAUUGAAACAAUUAUGGAGCAAUCGCCAUCAUCACAGACUCUUCCCUGCUUGUGAAUUACAUCAAAUCUCUGAGCCGACGGGAUGUCCACACAAUUUUUUUACUGGUACAGUAUUACAAAGGUUUCGCGUCAACAGGUGAGCCAAGUACAUAAGUUUGCUACGCAAGUCAGGCGACAAAAGUUUUCAUUUUACAACAUGUAGAUUCUAGUUCGUUCUACGAAUGUCAAUAAAUAAAUAAAUAAAUAAACUAUGUAGACUUUGCAAAGAAAAUCAAGGAAAAGGGCAAUAAAGAAGUAAACCUCUACCGUUAAAUACUGUUAGAUGCUAAAUACCGUUAAAGCAAGUUUUAACAUUACAACAUCAUCCAAAAAUCAGACCAUAUGCUCUGAAUUUCCAAAACAAUGGCGGUCUCCUCUAAAACCCUCCCACUUCCUCCUACACCAGACUCCUUAAAUCCUCUCAACAACAACACCCACAAACCCAAAACCCUUUUUCUCUCUCUUCGCUCUAAAACCCACCAUUUUUCACUUAAAAAGCUCCCUAAAUUCUCUCUCCUCAAUCCCAAUUCCAGUAACACAACAAACUUUAGCUCACGUAUAACCCAACUCUGCUUCAAUGGAAGCUUAACUGAAGCACUAAAGCUUCUAAAUUCAGUGAAAGACCUCAAUUUACCUGUUGAAGAUGACGCUUUUAUUGCUCUCCUCAAGCUUUGCGAAUGGAGGAGAGCAGUAAAUGAAGGUUUAGAGGUUUAUUCACAUAUUUGCGAUUCUAAGAAGAUGACAAGUUUCGAUAUACGACUUGGAAAUGCAUUGUUGAGUAUGUUUGUGAGGUUUGGUAAUUUGGAUCAUGCUUGGUAUGUGUUUGGAAAAAUGGAGGAUAGGGAUUUGUUUUCAUGGAAUGUGUUGGUUGGUGGGUAUGCCAAAUCCGGGUUUUUCGACGAGGCAUUGAUUUUAUAUCAUAAGAUGUUGUGGGUUGAUUUUAGACCUGAUGAAUAUACUUUCCCCUGUAUAUUGAGGACUUGCGGUGGCAUCCCGGACAAAGGGAGGGGUAGGGAGCUUCAUGUUCAUGUGAUUAGAUAUGGGUUCGAGUCGAAUAUUGAUGUUCUGAAUGCUUUAAUCACAAUGUAUGUGAAAUGUGGUGAUAUUUUUAGUGCACGGUUGGUGUUUGAUAGAAUGCCUAAACGAGAUAGGAUAUCAUGGAAUGCAAUAAUAUCAGGGUAUUUAGAGAAUGGGGACUGUUUAGAGGGGCUGAGGUUGUUUCGAACGAUGCGUGAAGUUUGUGUUAAUCCUGAUUUGAUGACCAUGACAAGUGUAGUUUCAGCGUGUGAGGGUGUGGAUGAUGAAAGGCUAGGGAGAGGAGUUCAUGGGUAUAUCAUAACCAGUGGUCUUAUUAUUGAAGUGUCAGUUUGUAAUUCAUUAAUUCAAAUGUAUUUGGGUACUGGGAAUUGGGUUGAAGCCGAAAGAAUUUUUGCUAUUAUGCCUUACAAAGAUGUAGUGACAUGGACCUCAAUGAUAUCUGGGUAUGAAGAUGGUGGUUUUCUUGAAAAGGCUGUGCAGACUUUUAAAUUGAUGGAGAACGAAGGGAUUAUGCCAGAUGAGAUCACCAUAGCUAGUGCUAUAUCAGCGUGUGCUUCGUUGAGUGUUCUUGAUAUGGGUAUGAAACUUCAUGAUUUAGCUAUUAGAACAGGAUACAUUUCUUAUGUCAUAGUUUCCAAUACUCUAAUUGAUUUGUACUCCAAGUGUAGAUGUAUAGAUAAGGCUUUAGACGUGUUCUACCAAAUCAAAGAAAAAAACAUAAUAUCUUGGACUUCGAUCAUCUCUGGGCUUCACCAAAAUAACAGGAGCUUCGAGGCUAUAUUUUUUUUUCGGCAGAUGAAACUCUCGUUAAAUCCUAACUCUAUCACUUUGGUUUCAGCCCUUUCUGCAUGUGCUAGGAUAGGAGCUUUGAUGUGUGGAAAAGAGAUCCAUGCAUAUGCCUUAAGGACCAUGUUAGCUUUUGAUGGAUAUGUACCAAAUGCAAUUUUAGAUAUGUAUGUCAGGUGUGGUAGGAUGGGACUUGCAUGGAAUCAGUUCAAUGGAAGGUGCGGUGACAUUGCUGCGUGGAAUAUUAUGCUCACUGGUUUUGCAGAACGGAAACUGGGAAAACUUGCUGUGGAGUUCUUUCACGAAAUGCUAGCUUCCGAUGUAAACCCAGAUGAAAUUACAUUUAUAUCGUUACUUUGUGCUUGUAGUAGAUCCGGUAUGGUGGCUGAAGGGUUGGAGAUUUUUGAAAACAUGGAAACAAAGUACCAUGUUUCUCGAAAUCUGAAGCACUAUGCUUGCAUAGUAGAUUUACUUGGACGUGCUGGUAAUUUAGAAGAUGCUUAUGCAUUCAUUAAGAAUAUGCCUCUCAAGCCAGAUCCAGCUAUUUGGGGAGCCUUACUGAAUGCUUGUAGGAUUCAUCUCAAUGUUGAGCUUGGGGAACUUGCUGCUCAAAAGGUCUUUGAAGUUGAUAAACAGAGUAUAGGGUAUUAUGCUCUUUUGUGUGAUCUUUAUGUUGGAUGUGGCAAAUGGGAUGAACUUGCUAGAGUAAGAAAGACAAUGAAGGAGAGAGGUCUGAUUGUUGAUCCUGGCUGUAGCUGGAUAGAAGUCAAGGGGAAAGUACACGCAUUUCUCAGUGAUGAUGAGUCCCAUCCUGAGAUAGAAGAAGUAAAUGCCGUUCUGAAAGCCUUCUAUGAAAAAAUGAAAGCUGCUGGAAUCAAUGAUGCCGAGACUCUUUCUGGAAAUGCUUCAAAAGCAGAGGUCUUCUGUGGUCACAGCGAAAGACUGGCUGUGACGUUCGGGAUUAUAAAUUCAGCCCCAGGGACACCUAUUUGGGUUACUAAAAAUCUUUAUAUGUGUAAAACCUGUCAUACUGUUGUUAAAUUUAUUUCAGAAAUCGUUCGAAGAGAUAUCUGUGUUAGGGACACUAAACAGUUUCACCACUUCAGGAAUGGUGUUUGCUCUUGCAAUGAUGAGGAUUACAAGGAAACUUUUUAUGCUAGUCAUGCUUCGCAGAACUUGCUGUAAAUGUAAUGACCUCUCUGUUAUCCCAAUAUUCUGUGAUGUAAGUAGUUUGUGUCAUUUGUAAGAGGCUGUAUAGGACUGGUGGUCGCAGCUUUGCUGCGUCUAUGACCUCUCAGUUAUACUUUCCACAUUUAGCUCAUAGGUUGUGUACAAAAACACUCUGAUCAAGUUUUUAAGAAAAAUUUGUUCUCCUGAAACUUAGGGUCUUUGGUAGCUACAAACUACGCUACCAUCAAAUUCGAAAGUGAGAGGAAGAUGUAACCACGCUGCAAGAAUUGGGCUUUUCAUAACAUCCAGGCUGAGUACUCAGUUGAGCUAGUGGAGCAUAUAUUUGCAACUAUACAAAACCUGAAGAUUUUCAAUCUCUAUGUGAAGGAUUCCUCUAAAUCAUGAUAUUAAGCGUCCUGAAAAACACUCAGCUGCCUGUCAAUUGGUUCGUAAAGAAUCUUUUGUCUCCAAAGUUGAAGGUUGGAAUUUCUUUUUGCUUGAGUAUGCGCUGAAACAUGGGUAAAGGCCAUGCUGUUUUCAUGGGUAAAUUCUCCCCGAAAACUUCAGAGAUCUCCUUAUAUUUUGCGCAGCAAAUUUUUUUGUGUUUGAGAGUCAGAACCAUUUCAGGCUCAAAGGGUUUCAGCUUGGCAAUGGCAGUAUCUCCAAGACUCCAACAGACCAGAAAGUACAUAGAACAUCUAAUAACUUUACGCGCUAGAAAGCCAAUCAAAAAGAAUCAGCAACGAGCAGAAAAUUCAGCACCUAAAUACUUUAUAUGAAGAUUUAUGUUGCACUUUCAGAAAAACUUUCUAAAAAGGAGGGCUAACAAAAAAAACCCUCCUUGUAAGCUUAGAGAGAUUGUUUUCAUGUAAUCAAUUGGCAGUAGUUGCUUGGCGUAUAUCAUGUAUAUUAUACGAAGUUUGCUCCAGUCUACGGGUCUAGUGGUAAAGUUUGAUUUCUAGCUGGGUAUAUCAUGUAUAUUAUACAUAGCUUGCGCUGGUCUAGUGGCUAGGUUUGAUCCUCAGUUGCAUAUAUCUUGUAUGUUUUACCAAGCUUGAUCAUAUACAGGAUUUGAUUGGCUUUCAAGAGAAAGGCACUUACAGUGUCUUU